AUGCAGCAGGUCGGUAACAGUUUCUCCACCGAGAACCGGGUGGCGUCCAGACGUCCCAGCGUGGCCGUCGCUGAACGGAACCAGGUGGCCACGCUGCCGGUGCGGCUGCUCCAGGACGAUCCGGCAGCUGCGCAGGGCAACCACCAUGCGGAAGACAGUUUUCAAGUGAAGAUGGACGCCCACGGCUUCGCCGCCGAGGAGCUGGUGGUGAGGGUGGACGGCCAACGGCUGAUGGUGACUGGCCAGCGGCAAAUGGAGGCCAGCGACCCAGAAGGGGGCAGUUACCGCAUGUCGCAGAAGGUGCGCCAUCAAAUGCGCCUCCCGCCGGACCUGGAUCCCACCACCAUGUCCUGCUGCCUCACCCCCUCGGGCCGGCUGUGGGUCAGAGGCCAGGGUGGGGUGCUGCCUCUCCCUGAAGCUGCAGCAGGACGGUCCUCCAGACUCCGGAGCCACGACUCAAAGGAGGGUUCCAAACUACCCUGA